UGCGUAAGAUAUUUCCAGAGAGCAGUGCUCUCCUUCUUCUCUUUCCCUUUGUGUGAGAAUAGAGUGAGGGUCUUAGUGGGUAGAAGAAAAUUGGGAGAUGUUGUAGCUAGCCCUAAAGUGGUGUGUGUGAGCCAUUGACGGAGGUUGGAGACAUGAGUCGGACACGGAUUAGAUCCUUACAGUGGUAUUAGAGCCUAGGGUUGCCGUCGCCGUCGGUUUCGCCGGAUUCCGCCAUCUGAAAAGCUCUGCCAUCAUACGCCACCUUCCGUCGUCGAUUUGAGGUCAGGAAAGCCGUCACUCGUUGAUUGAGUCGCCACCAGAGGUCUCUGUUCUUCCGCCGUCGCAGUAGCUGUUGGUAUAGCUCACCGCCGUAGAGAGUUGCUCGCCAGUUGCAUCUGCCGAUUUGUUCGUCACUGGAGCCGUCACCUGAGAGCCGCCUAUUGUCGUCGCUGCAGGCCACCAACGCAUGAAGCUCGGCCAAAUCCAUUCUUCUGGUGUGGAUUAUGCUGAAGGCUGGUGCUGAGAUCAUUCGCAUCAGAGGAAGCGAGGAAGGGGCUUGAGUUCUUGCGUAGAAGGAACACUUGGGUUGUGUAGCAGUGAGCUGUGUGGGCUUGAAGAGUUGGGCUGCAUUGCUAUUUCUUGGACUAGGCUUGGAGCUGAACUGCUAUUUUGGGCUGCUGGAUUCCUGAAGGAAAGCUGGACCAGGCUGCAACGGCUGCAGGAGCUGCUGAACCUGGACAACUUCUGGACCGCCGAUCAACCACCAGCCAACGCCGGUCAACGUCGGUCAAUGCCGGUCAAACUCAUUCAACAGUCCGAAAAUCCCAAUUUUUUAAUUGGGUAGGUAAGGUCGAAACUCUCUCCUAGGGUUUCGCUAAAUUAAAUUGGCGAUAAACAUCCUAGGUGCACUGGGUGCCUCCAGAUUUAAUUUAUUCCCCCUCCCCGCGGGCCGCUAGUAGAUUGUAUCCCGACCGCCAACCCCCCAGGUGUGUUUGCUAAACCGUCUCCUUUGUAGCAGAAUAUUUUAGUUGAUUAAAUUGAAUUACAAAGUGUUGUUAAUUUCAAUUCUUGUGCGUAAGGGUGGUUUUUUGGGUGUUAGGGGCAGAAUUAAUUAAUCCUAAUUGCUGCCCGGAGUUGUUUUAGGUGCCAAACUAUCCAAAAUUGCUAUUUGUUGCAUGUUGUCCGGGGUUAUUAAAGUGGAUACUUUAUAGCCCGGGUUGAUUUAUUUUCUGUCAAAUUUGUUUGUUUAGCUUUGUGUUGUUUUGUGGUUGAUACCAUGGCUGCUAAUCAGUAUUGUAUGCUUCUGUUUAACGGAAAAACAGAUUUUUACAUAUGGAAACAAAAAAUCAAGUGUGUUCUAAUACAACAAAAAGUUUUCAGAGUUGUCACUGGUAUUUUUCCUUGAAUCAGAAGAUAAGCCUAAGCAAAUUGAAAUGAACGAAACUGCUUGUUCUACUAUUUACUUGAAUCUGUCUGAUUAUGUGCUUAGGAAAGUGGGUAUUCUUGAAUCCGCUAAGGAAUUGUGGGAGAAAUUGGAUAGUCUCUAUAUUGAUACCUCUUUGCCCAGGAAGUUGUUUUUACUUGAGAAAUUCUUUAGGUUUAGGUUUGAUCUGACUAAGGAUAUAGAUGAGAACUUGGAUGUGUUUAAUAAACUGAUACCGAAUAUCAAACAAGCAGGUGAUGAACAAAUAGAUGAUUAUACUCCCAUAGUGUUACUUAAUGCCAUUCCCGACUCUUAUAAUGAUGUCAAGUCCGCUAUUAAGUAUGAUAGGGAUGAGAUUUUGCUAGAUAUUGUUGUUAAUGGGUUAAGGAGCAAGGAAUUAGUCCUGAAGCAUGCUAAGGAUAGUCAUAGUCAGUCCAGGGGCUCCGAUGAGGCUAUGUUUGUUAGAGGUAGAUCUGAGAGUAGGUCCAAGCACUUUAAGCAAAAUACUCAAAGUAAGAACACUAGUCAGCCUGGGAGGAAGAGGAACAAAUCUAGGAAGAGAGUGUGUUACAACUGUGGUAACGUUGACCAUUUCAUCAAGGACUACCCUAACCCUAAGAAAGCUGUUGAAGACUAUUUUAUUGUGAAUCAAGUUUGUCUGUUUUGUCUGUAAUAAUUUAGAUGUUUACUAUUUCUGUUCUGCACUAAUUAAAUAUAUCUGUUAGAAUAGUAUUCAAUAUGGGCCAAGUGUUAGGCCCAUACUUAGGCGAGAAGCCUUUUUACGCAUACCUGAGCCUCGCCUAUAAAAGAGGGUGGAGGACUCAGGUUUGCGGUUAACUUUCGUAUCUGCUCAAAAUAGCCUUAGCGCUGAUCAUUCUUGUACGAACUGUUCACGGUAUAUCAGAGAAGGUUUACAUUUGAUCUUUCUGUGUUCAUCUUUGUUGAUAAUCUUUCAUCUGUAUGUCAUAUUAUAUUGCUGUUAUAGAAAACAAGGACUAACAAAUGGUAUCAGAGCCGAUCGAGAGCUGAUCAGAAGAACUAUCUGCGAAAGACUCUGUUUUUCCUCCCUUUUUGUAGAAUAGCGAGUUUAUCAUCUGUAAUCUUAUUUCUGCACCAAAUAUUGUAAAAGUUAUACUGUUAGAAUCGCGUUUCAAAGACGAUCAACCAGUAUAUCUUCUUUUUUCGUUUCCGCACUUUCUUGUUCUCUGUAAACUCGCAUCCAAGAACUCGCAUCCCUCGUUUCUCUAAGUUAUGUGCAGCUUUUUGACCUGAAACUUGGGUGAAAGGAUCUCUACAGGAAGGGCUACAACUUAC